UACUCUAUAUUGUGAUAAUUAUUAUUCAUCGCCGCAGCUGUUCUUAGACCUCAACGAUGCAGGCACCAAUGCCUGUGGUACGGUACGAAACAGGAAGGGCCUGCCUCAGGCGUUCAAGGACGCCAAGUUGUCGGUGCCAAAAGAGCGAUUCUGCAUGGCGAACGGGCCCAUCCUCGCCCUUAAAUACAAAGAUCGACGAGACGUCAAGAUGCUCUCUACAGCACACAGUGCGAAGUUUGUGAACACGGGUAAACGAAACCGAGAGAGGGAAGAGAUCCAAAAACCCGAGUGUGUGCACGAGUAUAAUCAGUACAUGGGUGCGGUCGACUGUUCAGAUCAGAUGGUGGCCUACCUCAGCUUCCGCAGGCGUACCCUGAAAUGGUGGAAAAAAGCAUUCUUCCACAUUUUGAGCUUGGCCAUCCUCAAUAGCUACAUCUUGUAUAAGGAGCAUUUCUUACAAGUAAGAGCAGCCAUUGCCAACCGAGAUGAUCCAAGAAAGAAGCAACAACCAAUGUUGCACCGCAAGUUCCGUAACCUGGUGGUGAAGCAGAUGAUCAGUACAUCCGGCUAUGUCAAUGAGGCGACGGGCAGGAGGGCCAGCGCCACUGCCCACACCUUGACUCGCCUCACAGGGCGGCACUUCUUGGAGCGCAUCCCACCAAACAACCCAGGAGGCAGACCACCAACAAGAGUGUGCGUAGUCUGCGGUCCUGCAGCACCAUCAGAUGCAACUUCUAAGAGGCGUUCCAGUUUCCAGUGUAAACAGUGCAGGCAAACCUUGUGCAUUGAGCCGUGUAUGGAACUUUACCACACAAUGGACGACUAUGUUGGGGCCUAUAAGCGAAGACAGGAAGGAAACAACACUAACAAUGACACUUGCUGAAGAUUAGGCCGCACAUAACUUUGUAUUGUAUUUGUAUUUUUGUUCCCAGAACUUUGUUUAGGAACUGGGAAAGAUUGUGGCAGAAUAUCCUUCUUAUUGCUUUUAUGUCUUUAUUACCUUUAGUAUGGACGGUAAUUACUGUAUAUUUAUGUAACAUGACAGUA